CAAAUAAAAUUUUAUUCCUUCAUUUGACUUAGAUAACCAUCAGCCUGUUUUUGGAAUUUCUGGAUGGCCUUAAAGUCAAAUCUUAGAUUUCGAUUCUGAGCUUUAGAUGCUGGUUUAUUGCCAUAAAUUCUUUGACCAACUCCAUUAAAAGUUUUCUGUAGUUUACCUUGUAUUCCAAGGGAGAAAUCUUUCAUCCCUGUGUGAAUGUCAACAAGAGUAUUCACAAUCUGCUUUCUUUCUUGCAUAUCACUUUGAGCAGUAGCACCUACAUUAAUACUGGGCAUUUCAGGCCCCUUUUUCUUGCGAGGCAUAACCUGAGUCUCAACAUGCUCCGUUACACCAUUUAAGUUUCAUAAAUCCUUCCUCAGCCCUGUAAUAGUAUGAAUAUGCUUUCCUAGGUUCUUCUUAGUCAUCUUCACCAUUUCUAGUGCAAGUUUGCUAGAGUAGAUUUCGUUGAAUUAGCCACUGCUUCCGCAUCCAUCAACUCUUUGAGCAUUUCUUGUUCGUCCCUCGAUGAAGAACUGCUCGGCGAGCAUGGCCGGCAAGCCUGGCUUGCCUGGGCUUCUUCAGCAGCAGUUUGGGGAACAUCAAGGUGGGUCAAGAAGGUCCUGGAUUUGUACUGAGAGGCCUUCUUGAGAAGCUUAAGAGUCUUUCGCUUGCGCUUACGGGAUUUUGGUGAGAGAUCUGAGGGGAGAGAGGCCAAAUGGGGGAGAGAAGAUGGGAGAAAGAGAGUUUUGGGUGUGGAAGAGUUGAGUUUUGAGGAAUUUUGAAUUUUGAAGGUUUGGAGUGAGUUUAGAGGCUUUUGAGGUGUUUUUAAGGCGAUUGAAGUCGAAAUUGGUGCUAGGGAGUGGGAUGAGUCAGCAAUUUUUGAGAGAGUGUUAGAAUGGGUUUUAACGAUUACUAGAGCCGAAUUUGAUUGUUUUAUUGGUUUAGAAAUUGAUUUUCUCGCGCUCUUCUUUUUCACAAAUGAGACAAUCUCAUUAUUUUCUCUUCUUUUUUUAUUUACCCUUCGGUUUGAGAAUCUUGAAUUUAGUAAAGUUUGUCUUUCUUUUCUUAGGAACUUCCUCUGGCUUCUUAUCAACUUUAAGGGUAGCAUUCUCUCCUAUUCUCAAUGGUGAUGGGCUGAUUCUGGUCUUUGAAACAUUCUUUAGGGACAAAUUAACUGUAUUGGUAUAUUUCACCUUCCCUCGAGUCUCUAGAUUCCUUAAAUUCUUAACGUCUAAUUUUCUAAACUGUGGUUAGUGAAAACCCUAAGAUACCAUUUUGGCAAUCUCUGU